AUGGAUCCAAACGCCCCCCUCUUCACCAAAUACACCUUCGGCAACAUGCUCAUCGAAGACCUCUACGAGAUGUUCAACCGCCCUGGCACCAACCCCUUCAUAAACGCAACCGCGGCCAACAAAACGCCCAACCAGGAAGUCGCCAUCGUGUCGCCGCCAGAAUCACAUGCCCAGCCUACGUCGGCUUCAUCACGCACGGCCAGCUUCACGGCGUCAAGAGGAAUUGAGAACACUAACAGCGAUGACGGUAAGAAGAGCGUCUUCAUCGUGCUGCAGCACUCGGAAUCAGCUGGGAAGUCGGCAAUGCUCCCUGUCAGUAGCGUGGUGGGCGUGUACUCCAGCCUCGAAGAAGCGGUAGAGCGCCUGCACUCGCUGAAGCAGCAGAAGGGCCCAGUUGUGAAGAAGAAAACCAAGGAGGCCAUGGAGGCGACUUCUCGGAGGAUGGCGAGCGGCAGAAGGGUGAAACUCUGGUGCACGUCUGAUGGGGAGGACGAAGACGAGCUGGGGUUCCGAUAUACGAGUGCACUUGGCGAGGAGUUUGUGGUAUGGAUUGAGGAGCAUGAGCUGAAGUGA